CCUACAGAAAAUGUCCUUCAUGGUGGCUCUUGGCCUGGUCACUACAGAGACACUGGAAGAGAUCCAGACCAAGAGACAGGAGAGGAAGAGGCGGAGCACAGCCAACCCAGCCUACAGCGGCCUGGUCCAACCAGAGCGGAAACGCCUUGCAUCAAAUUACCUGAACGACCCACUCUUCCUGUCAGUGAGAGCCACUGGGGACUACAGAUGGAAGGAAGAGCUGGAGCACGACGACCACUGCUCUGUGUGUAAAGGGGACGGAGAGCUGCAGCUAUGCCACAACUGCCCCAGAGCCUACCACCCUGACUGCCUGCACCCACCUCUCAAAACACCGCCCGGGGGUCUGGGUUUGCACCAAGUGUCAGAAGAAGUGAGAGAGGGGGAGAAGAGGAGUCUGCUCAGGAGGAAUGUAGAGCUGAAGAAGGAGUGUGCUCACCUGGAGGAACAGGACCAGCAACUCAGCACGUCCCUCACGGACCAGAAGCUCAGCAAGUCCCUCACGCAGAAGGUGAUGGGCGUGCGGGAGCGUCUGAUUGGUCAACAGAGGGACACCCAGUCCUCCCUGGAGCGUCUCAAGGCUCUGAUGACAGCUCGUCUGAUCCAAAGAGACCAGAUGAUCCAGGUUAUGCCAUGA